AUGGCUUCGAAACAACUUAGAGCACCUGGUAGCAAGCCAGGAGAGAACAUGCUAUGGGGUGGACGCUUCACCGGUGGUCUUGACCCAUUGAUGGUGUCCUACAAUGAGUCUAUUUACUUCGACUGCAAAUUGUAUGCACAAGAUAUUGAUGGCAGUGUGGCUUGGGCUCGCGCCAACCAUAAUGUUGGUAUUCUGACCGCCGAUGAGUUCUCUGCAAUUGAGUCCGGCUUCAAGAAGGUCAAGGAAGAAUGGGAGUCUGGAACGUUCAAAAUAGUUCCUGGAGUUGACGAAGAUAUCCAUACCGCCAACGAGCGUCGAUUGGGAGAAAUCAUUGGUAAAGACAUUGGUGGUAAACUGCACACCGGCCGAAGUCGAAACGAACAAGUCGCAACAGAUAUGCGAUUAUGGUUGAGAGAUGAAUUGAGAAAGAUUGAGGGGUACUUGGUAGAUUUUUUGAAAGUCACAGCUGCUAGAGCUGAAAAGGAGAUUGAUCACAUUAUGCCUGGAUAUACGCACUUGCAACGCGCACAACCUAUCCGAUGGAGUCACUGGAUGUUGUCGUAUGGAACAGCUUUUGCUUCAGAUCUUGAGCGGCUACGAGAGGUCAUCGCAAGAGUCAACCAGAGCCCCCUCGGUGCUGGAGCUCUAGCAGGCAACUGCUUCGGCUUAGACCGACAAGCAAUGGCUGAAGAACUCGGCUUUGAUGGUUUGCUAUGGAAUAGUAUGGCAGCAGUUUCAAGUCGUGACUUUGUCGUCGAAGCUAUGCAGUGGGGAAGUAUGUUGAUGUUGCACAUGUCUCGCUGGGCUGAAGACUUGAUCAUCUACUCAACUGGUGAGUUUGCAUAUGUCAGACUGGCAGAUGCAUACUCGACUGGAAGCUCCCUGAUGCCCCAGAAGAAGAAUCCCGACUCCCUCGAGCUCCUACGAGGAAAGGCUGGACGUGCUUUCGGUCAGGUAUCGGGCCUAAUGAUGACCGUCAAAGGUCUGCCCAGCACAUACAAUAAAGAUCUUCAAGAAUCCCUUGAGCCAAUGCUGGAUCACGUUAAGACUGUUGCCGACAGCAUUCGUAUCGCCACCGGCGUUCUUAGCACCCUCGCCAUCAAUCCCGCUAUGAUGAAGGCUUCCCUCGAUCCAUUCAUGCUCGCCACCGACCUAGCAGACUAUCUCGUCAAGAAGGGAGUUCCAUUCCGCGAAACCCAUCACAUCUCCGGCCAGUGUGUCGCCUUUUCAGAAAAGACCGGGAAACCAAUGAACGAAAUGACCCACGAAGAUUUCCAAGGAAUUGACACCCGCUUUGGAAAAGAUGUAUUGAAAUGUUUUGACUACGAGGUUAGCGUUGAGCAGCAUAGUGCGCAGGGUGGAACUGCCAGAAAGAGUGUGUUAGAACAGGUUGAAGUUAUGAAGAAGAUACUCGGAUAG